GUUCCCCUUUGAUUUGGUCUGAGGAUGGCUUCUACCUCUGAGAGUUGAGCAGCUGGUAAGCAAGACCAGCCCACCCGCGACGGCUCCCACCUCUUCCUCCCGCUUCAAAGGCAAAACCUUGUCGGAGGCGCUGCGUGUAGAGGCCUCAACUUCACCUGUGAAACAAUGUCUCAGCUUGACAAUAUGGCAAAGGCCCUUGGGGCUGAAGAAUGAGCUUUUCCUGCAUUAGGCUCAGUAAAAUCUGCUUCCUGCUCUCAGUUAUCUUUUGUGCAGUCCUCCUCUUGCUAAUUCCCAAAUUUCAGGCUAGCUGGAGACCGAGAAAUUAUCCACAGCCACAUCCACCACCUGUUUUUAAUGUGUCCAGCAAAAGUGAUAUCCCACUACAGCAGGUGGAGUCCAGCUCAGUUGAUCAUUUGGAAGAUGAGGCUAACAAUAUUGUGCCCUCAGUGAGAGAGGAACUGCUAAAAAAAUGGAAUCGUUAUAUCAUAGACACUGGCAGAUCCAAUCUGAAAGCUAACAGAAAGAUUAAUGACAGCCCAACUUACCCAUUCCACAAUGUGGUGAAAGACCAUGUGGGACUUGUUGAAGUCUCUGCUAAGGAAAAGCUGGACUUGAAGGAUAUCUUUAUUGCUGUGAAAACAACAAGGAAGUACCAUAAAACAAGGCUGAGCUUGCUCUUCCAAACGUGGAUUUCCCAGGCAAAAGGACAGACAUUUAUAUUUACAGACUGGGAAGAUCGGGAGCUCCGUCUCAGAGCAGGAGACCAUGUGAUCAACACCAAUUGCUCAGCCGUUCACACCCGCCAAGCACUCUGCUGCAAAAUGUCUGUGGAAUAUGACAAAUUCCUAGAGUCUGGGCGAAAGUGGUUUUGUCAUGUGGAUGAUGACAACUAUGUGAAUCUGCCGAAUCUCCUGCAUCUCCUAUCUGCCUUUUCACACAGCCAAGAUGUGUAUGUGGGGAGACCAAGUCUGGACCAUGCCAUUGAAGCAGCAGACCAUGUCCGGAACGAUGGAUCAACAACUGUGAAGUUCUGGUUUGCCACAGGCGGUGCAGGCUUCUGUAUCAGCAGAGGUCUCGCCCUCAAGAUGAGCCCCUGGGCUAGCCUGGGGAGCUUCAUCAGCACUGCAGAGAGGAUUCGCCUCCCGGAUGACUGCACGAUUGGCUACAUCAUUGAGGGACUGUUGGAAGUGAAACUGCUGCACAGCCCCUUGUUCCACUCGCACCUGGAAAACCUGCAGCGCCUGCGGGGUGAAGCUGUGCUCAGACAGGUUACUUUGAGCUAUGGGGGUCCUGAAAACAAACGCAAUGUUGUGAGCAUUGGUGAAGUGUUCAGUGUACAGCAAGAUCCAACUCGGUAUGUACAUAACUGCUUUCCAAAUGAAAUUCCUAGCCCUUCUUGCUUAACAGAUGAUAAGAAAUCCAAGCACAAGGACAGGAAAUGGCAUUUAUUUGCCAGAUAUACUGCCAGGUUAUGAUGUCUCCUGUACUGGUGGGUUUACAUUCUUCCAGGCCCAAGUGCUUUGCAUCCUGUGUUAGCAUCUUAUCUUUCUCUUUUCAGAUUCAAAUCUGUCCACUGCCUCCUAUACCCUGACACUGUAUGGUGCCCCACUCUAAUGGUGAAGUGACAUCUGCUAUAACCUUCAGAAUUUUCUCCUGUUGGGCCUUUCUUUGAAUGAGCAGCCAUGGUUAUCUUUGCAAGAGAAUAACAAACAUGAAGUCAAAACAAGUCCCCAGAAACAUCAGCUGCUAUCAGAAAUGGUCUUUGGGAAGAUAUUUGGUCUUGCAGCACAUCUUAGCUGAUAUCUGCAAGGCUCCUUUCACUCUUCCUCUAAACUCAUAUUAUCUAAAGCCUGUUUCUUACUGCAUUGCAUUUGUACAACCUCAGGAAUUCAACAGUCUAGUAUUGUAGCAAUAUGUUUGAGAGCUAAUCUUUCUUAUCAGCAUGUUAGCAGCAAAAUACAAAACUGAAAUGAGAGUUCUUCUCAUUUGGAAAAGUAGUUAAUCAGGAAGCUAUAGACUGUGGUUUACUGUAUUCUGCCAUAUCAUCUGAAUCCUUGUGGGGCCACACUGGAUAUAGCUCCCCCACAAAUAAGAUGGACCAGUGUCUACAAGACACAGUCCCAGAAUCGGCGUGCUCCCGUGCUCUCGCCUAUAGCAGAAUCUCUUGCCUUUAAACAUUGGCUUAGAUAUGGUUGGUAUGUCACCCUUGGCUUGUUUGUCUGAAAAGGUUUACAUAUAAAAGUCCUCCACUGUGACCUUCAAAUUCAAAGCUGUUUUGUCUUGAACCAGUAACCACUUCAAGACAGUUGAAACCCACAUUAUGUUGGCUGGACCACCAUAUGAUUUUUGCUUUUUGUAUUGCAGCUAAUUUCCAUAUCUUGAUGUAUCCCACAAUCAAUAUGCUAAAUAUAUGAAAAAAAUAAUAUUAGUUAAAUCAUGUUCGGGGUGGGGGGAAGGGAGAGAUGCUAUUUAAGGGUCUUUUGUCUCUUCCAUGAUUGGCUGUAACAGUCCAUAGCAAACAUUUUUGAGCCCCAGGCUUGAGAAUUUUUAAUUCCUCUGCAACUUCCCCUUCAGUGAGUAUGAACAAUACAUUACAUUGCACUCUUCCCUCUUAUAGAAAUAAUGUGACCCUCCUUGUAAAUAUUAUUGAAGUAUUUACCAAAAUAAAGAGGGCUGCAUUUUGAAUUGAGGCAAAGGAACAUGGUACAUAUAUAGCUCUGAAAUGAAACAAAUAGUAGUUGAAAUCCUGACAAGCAAUCCUCUUAACAGGCUUUUCACAGAUUCUACACCAGCACAAUGAAGAUUUAAAUCAAUGAGGGAAACAGCCUGACCUUGAAAUGGGAUAUAUCACUAUAUCACUCUCUUAACAAUGAAUUCUAAGCUUCUCAAAUGCCUAGAGCCUUUGGAGUCAGGCGGUACAUAUAAAAAAUAAAUAGAUUUUUCUGCUGUUAAUCAUAUAUAUAUAUGUACUCAGGCAUGCCUAUGCAGUGUGUCAGGCAUGAAGCCUUAGGGGAGACGUACUGAACACUUGCAGUCAGAAAGUACCGGUAAGCAACUCUGGUAAUGUUGGGGCAGUGUAAGCUUCAAAUAUUUCCUCCGACCAUUCCCUUUCUGAAGAAGUGCCACACUCACCCUCCUUCACAAAGGAGAAGGAAGUAAACAAUGUGCUUAGAAUAAUUACUUUAAAUGUAUGUUUGUUUUGCCACUUAAGUGCCCAGUACAGAUAAAGCAUCUCUGGGGAGCAUGACUGCGAGAUGUGCUCACAAUUCCCAACGGAAUUUCUAUUUCCAGCUAGCCUGCAGACUUUUGACGAUAUUAGCAAGUAGUACAACUCCUUUUACUGCAGUGGUGGCAAUGUAUGUAUUACUAUCCCCAUGCCAGGCACUCCUGCCACAACUGAUGCAGCUAACUAGUACUAUGCCACAACUGCCACCCAGAGGCUGAAAUGGGGGCAGAAUAUUUGUUACAGACCUUCUGUAACGCAUAAAGGUAUGAGAUUAUAAUGUGGAAUUUGACCCCAAAUUUGGAAUCGAAGAAUGUUUGCUUUUUAAACUCUCAUAAUUGUAGAGAAAUGCUUGGUAGUGUAUACCUCUGUUAAAUAUUUAUAGCGGGGAGUUGGGAAGGGGUCUUCUCCCACAAUAGUCUGCCCACUGUUCAGUUGUAUAUCUCUUCUUUAUUAUUGCCUCUGGUUUUUCUCUGUUCACCUCAUCCCAUUUGUACCCACACACACGCCCCCCCCAUUGCAAUUCAGUAAAAAUUCAGAUUUGGCAUAUGAAAAUGUGUCUAAAUUAAGCAGUUUCAUGCAUAUUUGCAUGACUUUGAAUACAGAAUUUCGUUUCUAUGGCACAUAACUUUGCAUUUUAGUCUGUAGUAUAUUCUUUUUUUUUUGUUCGUUUGUUGUCAGCGCAGAGCACUGACCUAAAGUGAGCUGCUUGGACUGUUGGACUGAAUUUGUGUAUUAUUCGAUGGCUGCAGCCUCUGCUGCCAUAACUGAAUGCAGGAGCAUUCACAACGAAGUUUCUAUCUCUUUUUCAGCAAAUAAAUAUUUUUUAGAAGUG